CAUUUAAUUUUGGGAUCAAACAUGUAUUGUUAUUUACUCUUAUUUCGCUCACAAUUUUAUUUAUCACUUUCAGGAGUCUUAGGAAGCUGAAAUUACCAAACUACGUGGUGAUAGAACAAAGAUUUUUCGACAUGUUAUCAAUACCUGGGAAUGACGAUCAUCCAUCUCACGAUGUAGGAGAAGGACAAAAAUUAAUAAAAGAAGUGUAUGAAGCAUUAAGAGGCAGUCCACAAUGGAAUGAAAUGUUGUUUGUGAUUACAUACGACGAACAUGGAGGAUUUUACGAUCACGUGCCAACACCGGUGGACGGAGUUCCUAGUCCAGAUGACAUUGUUGGUCCUGAACCAUUCAAGUUUAAGUUUGAUAGGCUUGGUGUUAGGGUUCCAACCAUCUUUAUUUCUCCAUGGAUUGAGCCAGGAAAAGUGUUGCAUGAACCUUCUGGACCAUUUCCAACAUCACAGUAUGAGCAUUCAUCUAUACCAGCAACUGUGAAGAAGAUAUUCAAUCUCCCUGAAUUUCUGACAAAGAGGGAUGCAUGGGCUGGAACAUUUGAGGGACUUCUAACUUUAAGCAGUCCACGAACUGAUUGUCCAGAAAAACUGCCCGAACCGAUUAAGCUGCGAGAGGCUGCUGCUAAAGAAGAAGCCAAGUUGAGUGAAUUUCAGGAAGAAUUGGUACUAAUGGCAGCUACUCUUAAUGGGGAUCAUAAAAAGAGUAUAUAUCCUGACAAGUUGAUCGAGAACAUGUGUGUUUCGGACGCAGUUAAAUAUGCCGAGGAUGCAUUCAAUACAUUUUUGAAUGAGUGUGAGAAAGCCAAGCAAAAUGGAGCUGAUGGAUGUGAUAUUGUUGAUUGUGCUAAUACAUGCAGUAAACUACCCAAUUCCAAAAAUUUCUUUCACAAGAUGUUGUCUUGUAUAACACGUGAUCGGUGAAUAGUUAACUUUGCACAUAAUUUAUUUAUGA